CAUAUAUAUAUAAUAAUAUUGUAGAUUUUAGCAGCAAUUAGGCUAACUCUGUAAUAUUGUCAGGUAUUAAAAAAUUCGAUGAAGCCGUAAACAUAAUAAGCAUGCUUACGACUAUAUACAUGUAAAAUGAUAUAUAAACUUCGCAUUAAUUGGUAUACAUGAAUAUAUAUCGAUGGGACUAUAGAUGUAGCCCGUCCGUAAGUCCGUCCGUCUUCCAAUCCGGACGUCCGUGACCGGCGUCCAUCCGUCUGAAAAAAAUCUCAUUUGUUCGCAAGCUAGAUAAAUUAAACUUGCAUGUGAAUAAAGGAUAAGGAGAUGUGAAAAUUGUUAAAGUUUAAGAUUGUGAAACAUAUUUUAUUUUAGUUUUUAUUUAUUUUUUUUUUCAUUCAGACCAAAAUGUGGUUGCUACGGCAACAAAACUUAUAUAAUAUAGGAUCAUGUAUUUCUUGAAGAAAAUCGGCACUGUAGAUGUUCAACACAAACGACCUGGUCGUUAACUUCUCCGUUGCAGAUAUAGGCCAGCAACACAUUUUGUCAUUCAUUUCGACCAUUAAUAAUACAUAGGAAAAUGACACGUUUACAAGGAUACUCUGUGAAAAUUUCAUCACAACAGUCAUAAACAUACUUGAAUGCACAUACUAACAUUCUAAACGUGUAUUAUCUACAGUACUCCUGUUACUUUUUAUACAUGUGUUUAUUUUAUGAGGUAAUUUAAGCAGGGGCAUAGCCAGAGAUCCGUUGUCCUGUCUGAUGACAUGCCCUUUGAUAACUGUCCAUUAAUGAACAUAAUAAAACUUUAUGCGAUGCGCAUUUGAUUUUCUUUAACAUAUGGCAGAGUGUAAUCUAAUUCGUGAUUAUUUCUUUGCUGGGUACACGUACGAUGAAAUGAUUAUAAUUCUGCAUUGCUGCCAUGGGAUCAAAAUCAGCAUUCGACAGCUGCACAGAGAGUUGCGCUCCCUGGGUCUUAGGCGCCAUUCAACAACAGAGCGACGUCAGCGGGCGUUUCAGGCUGUUGAAGCACACGGUGUCAUCCAUAUUACAAACGCUCGACCCAGAAGCGGUAGCUAGAAGACGAAACCGAGUUAUAGACCGAAGGACUUACAUUAAUAAAGGGCCAAAUUUUCUAGUUCACAUAGAUGGCUACGAUAAGCUCAAACGAUAUGGGUUUCCAAUUCAUGGAGCAAUUGAUGGGUACUCACGUCGCAUUCUAUGGUUACAUGUAGCAGUUUCGAACAACAACCCAAGCAUUGUAGCAACAUUCUUCCUGAAAUACCUUUGUGAUAUUAAUGCAGUUCCAAGGUGUGUACGUAUGGACGGCGGCACUGAAAAUAUUUUGGUUGAAGACAUCCAGAAGGCAUUCAGGUGGGAGCAUACGGAUGAUAUGGCAGCAGAAAAAAGUGUAAUUAUAGGGUCAUCGCAUUCUAAUCAGCGUAUAGAGCGAUGGUGGCGUUCUGGAAGACAAGGCGGGUGUCAGUCCUGGAUAGAUUUGUUCGCAAGUAUGGAAAGUGAAGGAAUUUUCUCAACUGGUGACCCUUUACACGUAGAAUGCAUGCGUUUCUGCUUCAUGGAUCUGCUGCAACAAGAUUUAGAUAAAAUCAGGAUUGACUGGAAUCAGCAUACGAUAAGGGAGAGCAGUGAUGUUACGUCGCCCGGCGGAAAACCAGAUCUUCUUUACCAUUUGCCAAACUUAUUUGGGGCCAUUGAUUAUAAAGUAGAUGUAAAUCCUACAGAUGUGCAGAAGGUUGUGGCUGAUUAUGCUGUUCAAAAGUGGCAAGGCUGCGACAUACAGUUUGAAUGCCAGUUUAACAGGAUUAUGUUAGAAAAAAGACUAACGAAGCCGACUAAUAUUAAUGAAGCUCUUUCACUGUUCGGACAACUUGUAGUCCUCGAUAUAACAGUUAACGGUUGACAAACUCGAACAUUUUGGUGAUGAUCGUGCAAAUUUUAUAUUACAAUCCAUUCAUGUAGUUAUGCAAAUGUUCGUAAAUAAUUUAAGUUGCGGGAUGAAGUUCAGAUAUAACAAAGUUGUGAAAUAGAUUAUGCCUUUGGACGAACUGUUACACACUGCACUGUAAUGCCGCAAUAAUAUUGGCGGCGAAUCUAAAUUUACUGGACUCUGGUCAAAAUGGUUUGUUAUGAUGUUUCAAAGUAUGUAAAUCGAGCACAGGCGACAUUCAACGCUUUUAACUGAAGCCCAGCCGGGUAUAAUAUAUUGCCGGAAGUAAGACAGUGAGUGGAGAUAUAAAUGAUAUUUCACCCCA